AUGAUACACUUUUCAAUGCGUUUCAUAGAUUGUAUUGUUAUUGUAUAUAUUCUCUGCCCUUUUUCCUGUGUAAAGCGGGACUUAGCACUUAUGGAAUAAAAGUUGAAAGUUGAAAGAAACUUUCCCACUGAAAUGAAGUUAUAAACUGUGUCUUUAGGUGUGCAUGGAGAGAUAAUUAACUUCGGAUUUUAGUAAUAUUGGCUUACCGAUUAUAGCCAUGGUUCACGCAGGAGGCAGAUGCUUUUUUUUCCGUCGACGGGUCGUCCUUAGAACGGUUGUCGUGCUGUGCUUACUUGUAUUUAUAGCAUUACCAUAUGUCGUAAAAGACAAACGCAAAAAGGCAGACUCUACUCAGGUUGUGGAUUAUAACGACACAUUUCAGUUUAGGCCAUUAAGUAACGGCAGAAUAGAACCUUUCGGCGUUGACAAAAAUGACUUCAAACGAUUCCCUUAUAUUAUGGGCGAGGCUGAACGAAUGCUUGGAACACUCAAAGACUUGGACAAAGCGAAUUUUCUCAAAGAGCUGUUAAACAGUUCGGAUGUGUCUGGUAAACAAUACUCGGGUAGAAUUAUCCGAAAAUUUUCCUCACAUAAAAUCAAAUUCCGCUUUAAAAGGGUGAAAGCUCAUAAAACAUCGGAUAAUGCUGAUGAUACCGGAAGUGAAUUUAUGCAUAAAAGCUGUAAAAUGUGGGCGGUGCUUACAACGAUAUUUGAGCCCCCGUCGGAAGCUGUACGACGGUUCAAGUACAUGAGGAACUGGUGUGUGGUUAUAGUUGGCGAUGCUGGGUUACCAAAAAAAUACCUUCUCCCCUCCUCUGUGCCUAAUCAGACAAUCGUUUUCUUAAGCAAGGAGGAUCAAAACAGGAUACAUUCUGAUUUUAUUGACGGUUUGCCAUGGAAAAGUUUUGGCAGAAAGAAUGUGGGAUUUUUGUAUGCGAUUGCGCAUGGGGCAAAGAUAAUAUGGGACUGUGAUGAUGAUAACAUGUUUAAGUUCUGGAUGGAAGGAGCUUCUCCGGAUGACAAUUUAUGGAUAGAAACGUAUACAAACAUUGAAGAAACUCUUAAGCCUUUUACUUUGGUUGACGUAAAAGAAAAGUACAAAAAUGACUUAGCCAAUUUCUUUAACCCGUAUCCAUAUCUAGGAGCGCCAAAUCCAAGUUGUUGGCCGAGAGGUUAUCCAUUGACUUUGAUCAGAUCAUCUGAGGGAAUGGAUCAUUUAAUAUUUAAAAAUGUCAGUAAUGUCAAAUCAGCUGCUAAAAACGUUGGCGUUCUCCAGGCUUUGGCCGAUCACGAACCUGACGUGGAUGCUUUGUAUCGUCUUAUUCAUGGUACAACGUUCAAUUUUAAACGACCAAAGUCAGAAAAUGACAAAAAGUCAGCCGUGCUCUUGUCACCAGGAGUUUAUUCCCCACUAAAUGCCCAAGCGACGUUACAUUUUGACUCAGCUUUCAUUGCAAUGUACCUUCCUACCACUGUUCACGGUCGUGUUUCAGAUAUAUUGCGAAGCUACAUUGCACAGGCCGUUCUUUCUUUAAAAGACAUACUGGUCGGGUUCAUGCCACGACCUCUUGUUGACCAGGACCGUAACGUCCAUUCUCACCUUGCAGACCUUCAGUCAGAAACACCUUUGUACACAAGAGUUGAGGUUUUCGUAUCAUUUCUAGAUCACUGGAGAAAAGACAAGAUAGGCAAAGGCGAACAUAAGUCACGCUCAUUGGAAGAUCUUUAUGAGGACUUGUAUAUUGGAAUCUACGAACGCGGCUUUAUAGAGAUUGAUGAUGUAUUUGCUAUUCAGCGGUGGAUUUUGGCUCUUUUCGGUGCUGGGUUUACGACGAGAUCUAUUGACACACUUGCUGAUUCGGCUUCUGAUUGGAUUAUAAGUGAGAGCAAGUCAAACUUUAACGUUGGAUUAUCGGUUUUUCACCAACCAAAAUCUUUUCCCAAGAAUUGUGAAGUGGUUGAAAAGAAGCAUACCGAAAUGACAUUUUGGACCUCCGAUUUGCACGACGGUUGCAGAAUAGACUAUCCGACCAUUCUCUCGUCACUUGGACAGCGUUUUGUGGUUGCCGGCUACAAGUAUAGAAAAACGCCAUACCCUAAAGUCUUUAACAUUUCAAACAUUAUAGUUCCACAAUCAAUUCCUAAAGAAAUAGAAGAUUACAGGAUAGGGACUCAGGUUACGCAGGAUUUAAUUAACAAAGUUAUGCAGUUUUAUACAAAUGAUGAAUUGUUUCAGAGUGUUGAUGCAUUUUUUUGUGGAUUUUAUUCGUCAAUGUGCCAGUUGUGGAUGCCACUCAACAACACUAAGUCGAUACUAUUUAUCACAGCUCAUCGAUACAACCUUGGAAGGUGCACUGUAGAAUCAUGGAAUAAGUUAACAAAUCAGUUGAUAGAUCUUGAAUUAAGAAACGUUCAAAGUCUAACAGGAGCAAAACACAUAAUUGGCGGUGCUAGUAGAUAUGAUUAUGAAUAUCUGAAAUACUAUACUGGUCUUGGUGAUGCAAUAAAAUUGAUAAGCAGCUUUGGUGGCAUGUAUACAAAAGGUGGUGAAUUUAAACCUUCAGAGGCUGAAAUUCUUGUCGCUGGCUAUGACAAAUCGAUGUUCGGAAAAGUGAAGUCUUUUAAACUUAUUGACAUUCAUGAAAAAUAUAAACACUACACAUCGAAUGAUUUACUUAGACAUAAAGCAAUAAUCUAUGUUCCUUAUUCUGUGAUGUCAUAUAAAUUAACAGACUUUUAUUCCAUAAAUAUUCCAUUAUUUAUGCCAAGUGCAAAAUUCUUAAGAAGUCGAGGCGGUCUUGGAGCAGAUAGAACGAGCACCACACCUCCUUAUUGCAAUAUGGACACAGAUUUACAUUUGAAAGUGAGCAAGCACCCUACAUCGCACCAUUCAUACAAUCCUAAUGCUGAAUUCAAUGAUGACGCUGAAGCAGAAAUGUACUGGUUACAGUUCAGUGACUUUUUUGACUGGCCACAUAUUCUGUAUUUUGACAGUAUUGAAGAUCUAGAUACAAAACUGAACACAGUCGACUUUCGAACUGUGAGCAAUUUGAUGAGAACGGAAAAUGAUAUAAGAAAGCAUUUAGUUCUAAGUCAAUGGUGCUCAAUUAUUUCUAGCAUUAGACAUUAACUUAAAAAUAUACAAAAUACCCUUUGUUGUUUAACACAAAAUUGCCUUUCAUAACAAACCGUUUCAUGAUUUAAAGUAGAAUGUACUCGAGUAUAAUUUGAUGCUUAUUUUGUGUUGAUUAUUUAAGUGAUAUGAGAUAAAAAUUAGUGUAUUAAAUUAAAACAUGUAUCAACCUAUUUUUUGCGCCUUUAAUGUAAACGGGCUUGUUAUUGAAUCGUGUUAUUGGCAGUAAUGAUAAGGUUUGAUACCUUGUGACUAUAUAUAAUUGUGAUAUAAUUUAAAUGAUUUUAAUGGAUGAUUAGAAAAAUGGUUGAAAACUUUCAAAUUGUUAUUUGCAUAACAUCCAGAAGGCCAUGGCCCUCAUUGACAAAUAUCAUAUUCAGUAUUCAAAGAUUAACGCAUUUACAACAAAAAAAUAUUACCAUUCUGAUAAACAUAAUUAAUUGUCAGUACAUAAAUAGAAAAAAACAUCAAGCAAUAAAGCAAUAAAGCAAAAUACUAUACUGAAUGGCGAUUUGAUAAAUAGAUAUAUAGAUAGGUAUUCUGUUAUUCCUUCAUAUUGAAGAUAAUUAAAACAUGCAAUCGAAAUGAAAUCAAAUAACUUGAUAUAAUGAACACAAGUGAGCAAAAGUAAGUACAAGUGAAAUAACAAAUAACGUACAUAUAACCAAUAAAUACAAUAUAUUUAUGUAUACAUAUAAAAUAACACUCCUUAAAAAUGUAAUACACAUGAAUUAACUUUCAGAUUGCAUUAAUGUCGGCACUUGUUCCAUAAACAAGUAGAUUAAAAAUAUAUUAAUAAUUAAAAUAGCAAACUAGGAUGAUAUGAAUACACGAGUAAAAUGCAAAGUGGUACUAUAAUUUAACCAGUUGAACAUCAGCUUAUCACGAAAGCGAAAUUGAUGAACUGACAUAUGGUAACAUGAUUUCUUAAUUACAUUUUGUAAAGCAACUUUUACUUCAAUUAUAGGUAGAUUAUUGAUCUGAUAACGUUAAUAAAACAUUUUCUAUCUGAAACAAUUAUUGCACGUAAAUACAAAAUACAUCACACGGUUCAUUACAUAUAUAGUAUAAUAUAUAUAUAUGAAAAACUACUGAAACAAGAGCAGUAGCCAAAAGUUUAAAUAUAAACCCGUUAAAUGGCACAGGGUAAACGCCAAAAACACAGAACAACAGCACAACACUCCAAAAACAACACAGUGCAUAUAUACUACAUGUAUAUACAAAAACUAGGUGUGUUUAUUAAGGAUUGUUAGGUACCGGCUUUGAACUGCCAUUAAAAUGUAAAUUUAGUUGGGUUUAAAAUAGUUUAUGUGAACAACCUCACUCUUAUCUUUUAAAACUUUAAAUAUUUCAAUAUGCUAUUACCCGAAUCAAAUUCUUCUUUGUUUUGCCAUACUAAUAUAAAUGACGAAAACAUAUGUUACAUAUCCAUUUUCAGUUUUAAACUGAAUCAGAUAUGCGUGUUAUUAUCUUUUAAAAUUAGAAUUUUCAGGUUAAGAGUUUAAUCUAAUUAAAAAGUCGUUUAAAGGUCUUCAUUUUUAGAUGAAACGUAUUGUAUAACUUUUGCAUAUUUGGUCUUCUUCUUUAAUAUAAUGGAAUAUAUUUACCUCAUAUAUCAGAAAAAAGAUUACAUUCCAAAACAAAAUAGUAUUUGUCUACUAAGACUUGGCAUAUGUUACAAAAUAUCUGAUUAAUAGGUAUAGGGUUAGGUAUUGCCCAUCUUCCACUUUCGACUUUAAGUCUAUGUGCAGAUGCACGUUUCCUAGAUAUAAGCUAAAACGAAACUUUUAAAUAAUACAUGAAAUUAAAUAAGGUUGAAGUCUUAAACUUGCUAUGUUCUUGUAAAACAAUGCUCUACUAGAUUCGUCUAAUCUUCCGUUCCAAUUUCGAGUAAAAUAACCAUUUAAUCCCUGUUAAACAUAACGAAGAAAUAUUUUAUCAUUACCUACAUCCUGGAAAAACCAUACACUAUAAAAUUGUAGUGUACUUAACUAGUUUCGUAUCAAUGAACACCAACUUGUCUUAUUUAGGUAUCUUUCACAAUCAUUCAACAAUGUAAGGUAUAUUUUCUUAUUGAACUUUUUAUCAUUUGCACGUAUCAACUUAACCCAAUAUGUUAUAAUACUAUGAUAUCUUAUUGUCCGAUAAUUGAAAUGUCCAAAUUCACCAUAUAUGAAAUCAUUCUGUGUACUCCUUUUAACUCCUGAUAAUAUUUUACAAAAUUACAUAUGCACUCACUCUAUGGCUUUUCUUUUAACAAAGCCCAAUACGUAACAGCCAUUAUUCAAAAGUGGCGUUAUAGGUUUAUGAAACAAAUCUAACUUAUGUCCUACAGUAAUAUCAGUAAAUUUAUACAAAUAUUUGUUCAUUUUGAAAAUUGCCUUUAAUGUUUGAUCUGCCAUUUUACUUUGGGCAUUUUAAAAAGAUCCACUUGGAAAAAAACUUUCCUAAAUAAUUUACUCUUUACCAAUCUGAAUUCCAUGUCCGUUAUAAUAAAAAUAUAUAUUAGCCGGAAGUCUUCUUGGUGUUAAACACUCAACAACGAUAAUAGUCAGCACAUUGUAUUGGGCCCUUACAACAUUCAAAAACAGUAAUAUUACAUACAGUAUGCAUGCAGUUAUCAUGUUACAAAUUAACAAAUUUAAAAAAAAAAAUGUUUAGGUAUUUAGAAUUGCAGUACCUGUAUAUUGUUGCAUGGUUAUCGACGUCUAUAUAAUGCAUAUGUUUAAUAUAUCUGAGUUUGAAACAGUUUUACAUUCGAAAGCAAAAUUGGUAAAAGCAUAUCAGCAGAUACUAUGUACUUAAAAGUGCCUUUUUAAUGAUUGUGAUCAUUAUAAAAAUUUACAUAGUACUCGUAUGAUUUUAUUUUUAUUUUUUAUGUAUUUCAUAUCCGAAAUAAGAUAUUAUUUUACCUUUUGAAAUCAAAAUGAGCAUAAUAAAGCAACAGAUGUUUAUCAGCAAUAGAUAAACAGCUUAAGCUUAAUAGUAUAGCUUGUAAAUACCAAUACAAGUUCAUAUAUUUGACUAUGCUCAUUAAGGUAUCUGACUAAGAGUAAUAAAUUCUAAAAAAAAGAGCCAAAAGGAGACAUCAAAUAUACAUUACAAUAUAGUCCUAGCAAAGCAGUAGAUAGUUGAUUUGUAAUUUAUAUUUGUAAUGUGUUUGAGGAUAAACUUUCAACAAUUGGAAUUAUUUCUUGCCAAAAGUUUUGCGCGUGCUUAAAUUCCCAGAAGAGAUGAGUUAAAUUUUCUUGUUUAUUGUUUCAGAUUUGACAUAAACCGUCCGAAUAAUUCAUUUUAACUGUUUUGCUUUUAAUGACGCUUUUGAAUUAUAUAGACAACUCCAAAUUUUGGUCCACGGAAGGGAAAUAUUUUUUAAACAUUUUCCCGUUUUUGUUCACUUCCUAACUUUGAAGUUUUAUUUUGAAACAGAUGGUUUUUCGGCUGAGUUUGAUUGUAUUUGUAUGUUUGUAGUAUGUUUAGCUUUAUCGGCCUGCAAGCAUUUUGUAACCGCCGUUUUAAUUGUAGUCCAUUCUGAUAUCCAGUUUCGUUUGUUGUAUUUUUAUUUCAAGUAUAAAUCUUUAUCAUCAAUAAACUUUUCAUGUUCAGUACACCAGAUAUGUUCGAGAUUAUUAAUUUACUCUUUGUGAAGGAUGAGAAAAACAACGGAUUAUUGCGAAAGGUUAUUAAAUGAUUUCCGAACAGCCGUGUAUAAAUGUUUGGGCCAUUAUUUGUCAAUAAGUGGACAUAAUCACACCAGUCUUUAAUAGCCUUUAUAUA